UCGGGACCCUAGAGAAGGCCCUAUGGAGGUGGCGGCGGGUGGAGGCUGUGGCGCGGGGCCGCCGUUGCUGCUGAGUGAUAGCGAGCAGCAGUGCUACUCGGAGCUCUUCGCGCGCUGUUCAGGCGCUGCAAGCGGGGCCCCGGGACCUGGGCUCCCCGAGGCUACCAGGGUCGCCCCAGGCACUGCCACUGCGGCCGCCGGUCCAGUGGCUGAUCUGUUCCGAGCGUCGCAGCUGCCUCCGGAGACGUUGCACCAGAUCACAGAACUGUGUGGUGCAAAGCGGGUUGGUUAUUUUGGUCCAACACAGUUUUACAUUGCCCUGAAAUUGAUUGCUGCAGCACAGUCUGGCCUCCCUGUGCGGACAGAGAGUAUUAAAUGUGAGCUGCCUCUGCCUCGCUUUGGGAUGUCAAAGAGUGAUGGUGAAAUGCGCUUUGGGAACCCAGCUGAGCUGCAUGGAAAGAAGGUUCAGAUUCCAUACACACUCAUGGAAAAAAAUUCUCUCAAAAGAAUGGACAAUGAGGAUAAACAGGAAACACAGUCUCCCACGAUGUCACCCCUCGCCUCCCCUCCUUCUUCCCCGCCUCAUUACCAGAGGGUGUCCUUGAGCCAUGGCUACAGCAAACUGCGGAGCGGCACAGAACAGAUGCAUCCAGGUCCUUAUGAAACUAGGCAGCCCAUUGGCCAGCCUGAAGGAUCCUCAUCAGAGGGUCCAGGAGCCAAACCCCUUCGUCGUCAGGCAUCUCUUAUUCGGUCCUUUUCAGUGGAGAGAGAACUGCAGGACAACAACAGUAAUUACCCAGAUGAGCCCUGGAGGAUAACAGAAGAACAGCGGGAAUACUAUGUCAAUCAGUUUCGCUCCCUCCAGCCAGAUCCAAGUUCCUUCAUUUCAGGGUCUGUGGCCAAGAACUUCUUCACCAAAUCAAAGCUCUCAAUCCCAGAGCUCUCGUAUAUCUGGGAACUCAGUGAUGCUGACUGUGAUGGAGCCCUGACCUUGCCUGAGUUUUGUGCUGCGUUUCAUCUCAUUGUAGCACGAAAGAACGGCUAUCCACUGCCAGAGGGCCUGCCUCCUACUCUGCAGUCAGAAUAUUUGCAAGCAGCUUUCCCGAAAUCCAAGUGGGAGUGUGCAAUAUUUGAUUCUUAUUCUGAGUCAAUGCCAGCAAACCAACCACCCUGUGACUUGAAUCGGAUGGAGAAGUCAUCUAUUAAAGACAUGGCUGACUUUCCUGUUCCUACCCAAGAUGUGACUACUGGUGAUGACAAACAAGCCUUGAAAAGUACUGUAAAUGAACCUUUACCAAAGGACGUGGCUGAGGAUACAGCAACUUCUAAGGACUGCAACAGUCUCAAAGCAAGACCAAGAUCCAGAUCUUACUCUAGUACCUCCAUAGAUGAGACCAUGAAAAGGGGUGAGGACCCUCCCACCCCACCACCGCGGCCACAGAAAACCCAUUCCAGAGCCUCUUCCUUGGAUCUGAAUAAAGUCUUCCAGCCCAGUGUGCCAGCUGCUAACUCAGGAUUGUUACCUCCACCACCGGCACUUCCUCCAAGACCUUGCCUAACACAG